GAAGUCUACACUGCGAGAAUUAAGAAUGGACGAAAUACAAGAAACAAUAUUGGACGGAAGGCCUAUGUCAUUCAGCUCACGGACUAAGAUGUGGGGAAGCACAUUAUCAUAUGCUCCCGCCAGGUCCAGGAAAACAGCUCCCAGAGUUUCCCCUCUAGCAAAGGAAAGAUUCACAUUUUGCUCUGUGGGAUGCUUCUUGAUUUUGGCAAAAGCAGACUUCCUUUCUGCAAGCGCCUUACGGCAUUCGGAAUUCCACCACGGGGCUGGAGGAACCAUAAGGUUACGUAAUUUACCACCCGCUCGGCGAGCCCCGGUUCUUUCCGCAGAAUCGAGAAUGUGUUCUGUGAAUUGCUCAUAGCCUGUCUCGAGAUCUAUGUUUGAGAGGUCUAUUAGGUGAGGAAUAUUCCUGGUCC